GGUUGAACAAAGACGGACGCAACGUUGAAAGAGUUGGCGGUGGUUUAGAGUCGAUUAGGGUUUAGGCGCACCAAAUCCGCCGCCGUCUACGAUGGCGAGAUCCUCCGCCACCCGCCUCCUCUCCUCCCUCCGCCGCUCGGAGAGCAACAGGUUCUGCCCGCUCACCGUCCUCGUCCUCAAUGGCGCCGCGCUGGGCAGCGGCUGGCGGGGGAUGUCGACCGCGGCGCGGGCCAAUGAGGAAAAGGAGCCAUGGUGGAAGGAGGCAAUGGAUAGGGUGCGGAACAUCGGGAUCUCCGCCCACAUCGACUCGGGGAAGACCACCCUCACCGAGCGGGUGCUCUUUUACACGGGAAGGAUCCACGAGAUCCAUGAGGUCCGAGGGAGGGACGGAGUUGGCGCGAAGAUGGAUUCGAUGGACUUGGAGAGGGAGAAGGGGAUCACCAUCCAGUCCGCAGCUACCUACUGCACUUGGAACGGAUAUCAGAUUAAUAUCAUUGAUACUCCAGGCCACGUGGAUUUCACCAUUGAAGUUGAAAGAGCUUUGCGUGUUCUUGACGGUGCUAUUUUGGUGCUCUGUAGUGUUGGAGGUGUACAAAGUCAAUCAAUCACGGUUGAUCGCCAGAUGAGAAGAUAUGAAGUUCCAAGACUUGCUUUCAUCAACAAGUUAGAUCGAAUGGGAGCUGAUCCCUGGAAGGUUCUUAAUCAGGCAAGGUCUAAGCUUCGUCAUCAUAGUGCAGCGGUGCAAGUUCCAAUUGGAUUGGAAGAGGAGUUUCAGGGGCUUGUAGAUCUUGUAGAAAUGAAAGCAUAUUACUUCCAUGGAGCCAAUGGUGAGAAAGUCACAGCAGCUGAUAUCCCACAAAAUUUGGAGGCAUUGGUUACAGAAAAGCGGCGCGAGCUUAUUGAAGUUGUUUCUGAAGUAGAUGAUCAACUUGCUGAAGCUUUUCUGAAUGAUGAACCAAUAUCUCCUGUUGACCUCAGGAUGGCAAUUCGCAGAGCAACAGUCGCACGCAAAUUUGUUCCAGUCUACAUGGGAAGUGCUUUCAAGAAUAAGGGCGUACAACCGCUUUUAGAUGGAGUUCUCAAUUAUUUGCCAUGUCCAACUGAAGUUGAGAACUAUGCCCUCGAUCAAAACAAAUCUGAAGAAAAGAUUUUGUUGCCUGGAACUCCAUCAGGGCCACUUGUUGCCUUGGCUUUCAAACUGGAAGAAGGACGUUUUGGUCAGCUGACAUAUCUAAGAAUCUAUGAAGGUGUUAUUCGAAAAGGUGACUUUAUUAUCAAUGUAAACACCGGGAAGAAGAUUAAAGUUCCACGUUUGGUUAGGAUGCAUUCUGACGAGAUGGAGGAUAUUCAAGAAGCCCAUGCUGGGCAGAUUGUCGCAGUCUUUGGUGUGGAUUGUGCAUCAGGUGAUACCUUUACAGAUGGUUCAGUUAGAUAUACAAUGACAUCUAUGAGUGUUCCUGAACCAGUGAUGUCUUUGGCGGUUUCACCUGUAUCUAAAGAUUCUGGUGGACAAUUUUCAAAAGCUCUAAAUCGAUUUCAGAAAGAGGAUCCAACGUUUCGUGUUGGAUUGGAUGUUGAAAGUGGUCAGACAAUUAUAUCUGGAAUGGGAGAGUUGCAUUUGGACAUUUAUGUUGAGCGCAUACGAAGAGAGUACAAAGUCGAUGCAAAAGUUGGAAAGCCUCGGGUUAAUUUUAGGGAGACAAUUACACAACGUGCUGAGUUUGAUUAUCUUCAUAAGAAGCAAAGUGGAGGUCAAGGUCAAUAUGGACGUGUUUGUGGAUAUAUUGAACCUCUACCAUUGGGUUCUUCUACGAAGUUUGAAUUUGACAAUCAUAUCAUUGGGCAAGCAAUACCUUCAAACUUCAUCCCUGCUAUUGAGAAAGGGUUCACAGAAGCUAGCAACUCGGGUUCAUUGAUCGGGCAUCCUGUUGAAAAUGUUCGAAUAGUACUGACAGAUGGAGCCUCGCAUGCUGUUGAUUCCAGUGAGCUUGCAUUUAAGCUAGCAGCGAUCUAUGCAUUUAGAAAGUGUUAUUCUGCAGCAAACCCUGUCAUUUUAGAACCUGUGAUGAAAGUGGAAUUGAAAGUGCCAACAGAAUUCCAGGGCACUGUAACUGGUGAUAUUAACAAGAGGAAAGGUAUCAUUGUUGGUAAUGAUCAGGAUGGUGAUGAUACUGUGGUUGUUGCUCAUGUCCCUCUAAACAAUAUGUUCGGAUAUUCUACAGCCCUUCGCUCCAUGACACAGGGUAAAGGCGAAUUCACUAUGGAAUACAUGGAGCACUCACCUGUUUCCCAAGAUGUACAGAAGCAACUCAUAAAUGCACACGGUGCCAACAAGGCUUCGGAAUAGAGACUGUUUUUGCUUUGCGCAAGAUACAUGUCACCAGUUUUCUACCACGAGUAGAAUCCAUCGAUGAUGCCUGCCUGGGUUCGCAUCAAGAGCUGCAUGUGACAUUUAUUUACACAUUCUUUUGCCGGGAGUAAAAAUAUAAAUUUUGUAGGUGAACCCACUGAAAACAGUAUAGAUGCAUGGGUACUUACCCAUAAUAUUUAUCCAAUAAUUGGGAAAAUCCGUUUUAUCCCUAUCUCCCAAAUCUGUAACUUGACAUACAAGCUCUCAAUUAGAUUCUGCAAUGACUACUUGUUA